AUGAUGACUAACUUUUUCAAAUUCAAACAAAGGCAGAGAUCCGUGUUUGUUCAGCCUUCUAUCAGCUCUUCUCCAGGCAGCCCUGUUUCUUCGGGACUCACUCACAGAAAAUCGGUUCACGUAUCGGGACUUGCUACCAGCGUCCAAGAAUUGGAGGAGUUAGUAAAAUUACCAUCCGACACUAAUGAGAAGGAUUGGAUCGCACAGCAUGCCAUCGAAUUCCACGAGAACCUCUUUCUUUUAAUUGAUAGUAUGAAAUUGAACACUGAUUGCACAGAGAUGUCAUGCCCAUGUAUGACAGGAGGUGACUGCUAUGAAUAUCGAUGGGUUGACGAAGAAUCAAACAAUCCACAAUAUCACCAAGCAACGAGUGUAUCAGCUCCGCUUUACAUCUCACUGUUGUGUGAUUGGAUAGAAACAAAAUUUGAUGAUCCAAAAGCAUUCCCUAUUGAAAAUGAACGAGCAUAUCCCAAGAAAUUCAAAGAAGUUGUAAAGAGAAUAUUUUCAAGACUCUUUCGAGUAUUCGCACACAUUUACCAUCGUCAUGGACAGUAUAUCAAUAACGUUGGCGUGUCUGCACACCUUAACACGUUAUUCAAACAUUUUGUUUUGUUCACACGUGAAUUUGAUUUGAUGAAAAAAGAAGAAUAUACCCCCACCCAUAAUGUACUUGUAAAACUCUUUGGAGAUGCUUAUGCAACCAAAUUUAAGUAA